CUAAACGAUGGAACUGUGGGCAUCUUUCGAGGCAACCAGAUGCGUUUGAAACGAGCUUGUAUCCGCAAAGCAAAAAUCUCUGCAGUGGCUUUCCGGAAAGCAUUUUGCCAUCACAAGCUGGUAGAACUUGAUGCUACGGGGGUGAAUGCAGAUAUUACAAUCACAGACAUCAUAAGUGGACUUGGUAGCAAUAAAUGGAUCCAACAAAACCUUCAGUGCCUUGUGCUGAACUCAUUAACUCUCUCCUUGGAAGACCCAUAUGAAAGAUGCUUCAGUCAGUUGUCUGGUCUUCGUGCUUUAAGCAUUACCAAUGUGCUGUUCUACAAUGAAGACUUAGCAGAUGUUGCAUCACUUCCAAGGUUAGAAAGUCUAGAUAUAUCCAAUACCUCUGUCACUGACAUAACUGCACUCCUCACCUGCAAGGAUCAACUUAAGUCUCUGACCAUGCACCACCUGAAAUGCUUGAAAAUGACGACCACGCAGAUUUUGGAUGUUCUAAGAGAACUAAAAUAUCUGAAUCAUCUUGAUAUUUCAGAUGAUAAACAAUUCACAUCAGAUAUAGCACUUCGUUUACUAGAACAGAAAGAUAUCCUACCUAACCUUGUGUCUUUGGACAUUUCCGGAAGAAAGCAUGUUACAGAUGAAGCUGUAGAAGCAUUUAUUCAACAAAGACCAACAAUGCAGUUUGUGGGACUGUUAGCUACUGAUGCUGGCUACUCAGAAUUCCUUACAGGAGAAGGAAACUUAAAGGUGUCUGGAGAAGCAAAUGAAACUCAGAUUUCUGAAGCACUGAAACGGUACAGUGAGCGGGCAUUCUUUGUGAGGGAAGCACUCUUUCAUCUAUUCAGCCUUACACACAUUAUGGAAAAAACAAAGCCUGAAAUUUUAAAGCUCGUGGUUAUUGGAAUGCGAAAUCACCCUCUGAACUUGCCUGUGCAGUUAGCAGCAAGUGCAUGUGUGUUUAACUUAACCAAGCAAGAUUUAGCAGCAGGCAUGCCUGUUCGACUACUGGCUGAUGUCACUCACUUACUCCUUAAGGCCAUGGAACAUUUUCCCAACCAUCAACAGCUGCAGAAGAACUGCCUUCUUUCACUAUGCAGUGACAGGAUCCUUCAGGAUGUUCCAUUUAACAGAUUUGAAGCAGCCAAGCUUGUUAUGCAGUGGCUAUGUAACCAUGAAGAUCAAAAUAUGCAGAGGAUGGCAGUGGCUAUCAUCUCCAUUCUAGCUGCAAAGCUUUCAACUGAGCAAACAGCUCAACUUGGUGCAGAGCUCUUCAUUGUUAGGCAACUUCUACAAAUAGUUAAGCAGAAAACAAAUCAGAAUCUAGUGGAUACUACACUCAAGUUUACACUGAGUGCGCUUUGGAAUCUCACUGAUGAAUCUCCAACCACAUGUAGGCACUUUAUUGAAAAUCAAGGUCUAGAACUCUUCAUGAGAGUCUUAGAGUCUUUCCCAUCUGAGUCGUCUAUCCAACAGAAAGUUCUUGGCCUUCUGAACAACAUAGCAGAAGUGAAAGAGCUACAUUCUGAGCUAAUGUGGAAGGACUUCAUAGACCACAUCAGUAAACUAUUGCACAGUGUUGAGGUAGAAGUCAGUUACUUUGCAGCCGGGAUUAUUGCUCACUUGAUAUCUCGAGGAGAGCAGGCCUGGACAUUGAGUCACACUCAGAGGACAUCUCUUCUUGAACAACUGCACUCAGCCAUUUUGAAUUGGCCAACGCCAGAAUGUGAGAUGGUUGCCUACAGGUCUUUCAAUCCUUUUUUCCCACUACUUGGCUGCUUCAUGACGCCUGGGGUUCAGCUGUGGGCAGUGUGGGCCAUGCAGCAUGUCUGCAGCAAAAACCCUGCCAGGUAUUGCAACAUGCUAAUUGAAGAAGGUGGAUUACAGCACUUAUACAACAUCAAGGAAAAUGGCCAAACUGAUCCAGAUGUCCAGCGAAUUGCAAUUGCCAUUCUAGAUAGCUUAGAAAAACAUAUUGUACGUCAUGGGAGACCACCUCCAUGUAAAAAGCAGCCACAAGCCAAACCAAACUGAAAGCUGCAGGUAUAAGUUUGUAAACCAUCCUCUCUGUAAUAAUUCUUUAUCACGUGUGUAGUUGGAGUUACUUGUACUACAGUGGUCACCAGUGAAGUUAUUUGCUAACAGUUGUGGUACUGGAUACCACUUGUGGUAACUCAUGGGCAAAUGUCUACUUUAAUGACAACUUCUGAGGGGAUCUAUGAUCAAUGCUUGAUCUAGUCAUACCUAUAGGAUUACUGAUGACUACAGCAAGGUGGGACUUGAAUAGUUUGGAAUGCACAUCCAAAAACAAACCUCUAGGAAUAUCUUGUUUUGUGACUUAAUUGUGGGACAGAAAGCUUGUUUCAUGCCUGUCAUUGUUGAAUAUAGAACUGUUUAUCAACUCAGUGUUUGAAUAGAACUGUUUGCAAGAGUGGUGAAUCUCACAAUCACAGCUUUAAACAAAAAUUCACGCAUGCACUCAUGUAACUAAGGUAACCAGAAUGUCCCAUUGUAUAUGGACCCUCCAUAAGCCCAACUAAGUCUUCAAAACUCCUUGUCUUGGGACCUGCAACCUGUGUCCUUUGUCUCUCCAGCACUAGACUGUUGUCUUUUCCAGCUGUUGGCUUCCCAUGACUCAUCUAUGCUGCCAUAGCAAGGUUAGGAUUAGCACUGCUUUGGUGCAAAUGGGAAACACUGAAUUGCCUGCUCUGAAGGAAAGCAAUAUAGGUACAGGUGGCAGUGGGGGACAGGGGAAAGCUUGAAAUGCUAAGAGGAUAAACUGAGUUUGACUUUCAAACUUAAAACUAAGGGUUUUUUUUAAGGAAGUGGUAGGAGAAGGAGGGAGCUCCACAUCACAGCUCAAAAUGUUAGUUGAAGUAGGAUAGCCCUUCUCAUCACAUGGAGCUGCAUGUCCUGACAGGAGAACCAGGAUAUUUGGUCAUCUUUUUAUAACAGAUUAUUGAUUGCUUUGCCAUUUCUUGUACAUAUUUUGUCAGUAUUGUGCAGUGAUUUGUAUUCCCAAUGCAUUACAGUGCAAAAUAUCACCCAACAUCAUAUAUAAGGUCCUUUGUAAAUUGCAUUGUUGUGCGGAGUGUGAAAUUUUACAUAAAGCUGUCAAUGGUAAAAACGUAUUUCUUCCUCUGUUAUUUAUGAGUUUAAAAGCUGUGUUGAAUGAAAUGGAGAUUCCACAGCGUACAGAUGCUUGAUUAAAUACAAGUGAUGGAAGCAAGCUACAACAUGAGCUCAAAUUCCCUUCAUUUCAAAGCAUUGUUUACUAAUUCUCCUUGUACUGUCUAAUGGCUGUCUUCGCAUCUCCCUGCCAAACAAUGGAGCAGGAUUCUACUAUUGUUGAACUUAUUGGCAUUUUAGUUCCAAUUCCUGAAGAGAAAAUCGCUGUACUGUUUACCUUAUGGGAAAGGGAUGACUGACACAACACCUCUUUACUUCACUAUAAUAGAGUUAACACACCAUCUACAAUCUUGAAUAGUUUCAUUACGGUGUGUGUGUUAGAAACAUUAACAAAGUGCUUUAGUAAUGUUACCAUUACCACAUUGCAUAAUGCUUUGUUUUGUACUCAAGGUAUUAUCUGGGUAGCUUCAUUCCUCUACAUACAUCUGAAUGUAUGUAGUUUCCUUGACCCAAAAAGAAGUGAAAAUUGUCAGACAUAAAAUUAUGGGAUUUAUUUUUUAAAAAAAAGUUUGGAAGAAUUGUGUUUUAUGGGCAGUUACUUUUACCUUUCAGACUAGAGAAGUCUUGACUUCUACUGUGAAAAGUCCAUUGCAGGAAAUGGAACACACAAUCUGCCAAUAUCAGAGUUUAUGGAAACUUUGUAUCACUUGGUACUGAGAGGUUUUUAAAUGAACAUAACCAUUUGGAAUGCUGUUUUCCCCCAGUAAGAUGGCUAUUCUAAACACAUUAGAUUAAACUAUACAAAGUCUGCUAUGGUAUAUGACCCAAAAUGGAAACUGGGGCACCAGUCUGGCUAGCUAGGGCAUCACUUCAUGAGAUUAUGGAACAAGCAUAAUGCAACCACACAGAGUUGCCAGUAAUGCAGUCUUUCAUGGUCUUUACAAUAGCCCAUUCCAGGUUACUCUUCAGAAGUGUCUGAUGGUAUAUUGAUUGUGGA